CGGCGCCGCCCGCCUUCCCAGGCCGCUUCGCCGGGGCCGCGGCCGCCCCUCGUCCUCUUGGCGCUCUCGGGCCGACGCCGCCGGGUUUGCAUGUUCCUGCCUGGGCGCUGAGGCGGUGGCCAUCCUUCUGCACUUGCUCCUGUGCCAGCAAGCGCCAGCAAGAUGAGUGUUCAAGGCAAAAGUUUCCCUCUGGACCUUGGGGGAAGCUUUACCGAGGAUGCUCCCAGGCCACCGGUCCCUGGUGAGGAAGGCGAACUUGUUUCCACGGAACUGCGGCCGGCCGGCCAUGGAUUUUACUCUGGCAAGUGCGAUGUUGUCAAAACGGAGACUUCCACAGCAACGCCGAGGCGUCCGGAUCUGGACCUGGGCUAUGAGCCGGAGGGGAGCGCUUCCCCCACGCCUCCCUACCUGAGAUGGGCAGAGUCUUUGCACUCCCUGCUGGACGACCAAGAUGGCAUCAACCUGUUUAGGACCUUUUUGAAGCAAGAAAACUGUGCCGACUUGCUGGACUUCUGGUUUGCUUGCAGUGGCUUCCGGAAGCUGGAGCCGUGCGACUCCAACGAGGAAAAGCGGCUGAAGCUGGCGAAGGCCAUCUACAAAAAGUACAUUCUGGACAAUAAUGGGAUCGUGUCCCGGCAAAUCAAACCAGCCACCAAAAGCUUCAUAAAAGAUUGCGUGAUGAAGCAGCUAAUUGACCCGGCCAUGUUCGACCAGGCCCAGACGGAGAUCCAGUCCAUGAUAGAGGAGAAUACCUACCCGCUGUUCCUUAAGUCAGAUAUUUAUUUGGAGUAUACAAGGACGGGUGGGGAAAGUCCCAAGGUGUAUAGCGAUCAAAGCUCAGGGUCAGGGACAGGGAAGUGCCUACCUGGCUAUUUGCCUACCCUCAACGAAGACGAGGAGUGGAAAUGUGACCAGGACGCGGAGGAAGAGGAGUCCGGCCGGGAUUCCAUUCCCUCCAGUCGGCUCACCCAGAAGCUCCUCCUGGAGACGGCCCCCCAGCGCGCCACGACGGCCAGGCGCUACAGUGAGGGAAGAGAGUUCAGGCAUGGGUCUUGGAGAGAGCCGGUUCACCCAUACUAUGUCAACACAGGCUACGCCCUGGCACCGGCCACCAGCGCCAAUGACAGCGAACAGCACAGCAUGUCCAGUGACGCAGACACCCUGUCGCUGACGGACAGCAGCGUAGAUGGGAUCCCGCCGUACCGACUCCGCAAGCAGCAUCGCCGAGAGAUGCAGGAGAGUGCCAAAGCCAACGGACGCGUGCCGCUACCUCACAUUCCUCGUACCUACCGAAUGCCAAAGGAUAUCCACGUUGAACCACAGAAAUUUGCUGCUGAGCUGAUCAAUCGCCUGGAGGAAGUCCUACGGGACCGGGAAGCUGAGGCCAAGUUGGAGGAGCGCCUGAAGCGUGUCCGAGCGGAGGAAGAGGGGGAAGACGCGGACGUCUCCAUGGUCCCCUCCGUGGUGAGCCACAAGCUGACUCCCACGCAGCUCUUGCCCCACUUUGCCCCCCGCUACGCAGAGAUGCAACUGCGGGACGCUCACGAGGAGGACCCGGAGAGCAUCCUGGACGAACACGUCCAGCGGGUGAUGAAGACGCCGGGCUGCCAGUCGCCAGGCCCUGGCCGCCACUCCCCCAAGCCCCGCUCGCCGGACAGCAGCCUGCCCGGCAAGCUGCACGGCCUGAUGGGCGCUGGGCCGCCGGGGCAUGGGAAGCACCCCGCCAAGGCGGGGCUGAAGCUGGACGCAGCCAGCCUUUACCACCACAAGCACGUGUACCACCACCUCGUCCAUCACCACGGCGCCCUCAAGGCCAAAGAGCCGGCGGAGGCGGAAGCCGGCCAGCGUGGGGCCGGCGCCUUCGCCUGGGCGGUGGAUGCUCACGGCUGCUCCCCCAAGUUGCGGGCCUACGGGGAUGGCCUGGGCCCCGGCCCCUUGGACGCCUCGGCUUACAGCGGGAAAGCCGGCCUGCUGUCAAAGCGGAAUGUCAAGAAAGCGGAUUCAGGGAAGAACGACGGUGCCAGCUACGAUGUGCCGGGCUCUCCGGAAGACGUGGAAAGAAACCAUAAGAUCAUGCAGUGGAUCAUUGAGGGCGAGAAGGAGAUCAGCAGGCACAAGAAGACGAAUCACGGUUCUUCCGGCACGAAGAAGCAGCUGGCUCACGACCUGCCCCGGCCGGCCUCCGUCGAGCGCCCUGUGGCCGUCCACCCCUGGGUCAGCGCCCAGCUGCGGAACGUGGUGCAGCCUUCGCACCCCUUCAUCCAGGACCCCACCAUGCCCCCCAACCCUGCCCCCAACCCACUCACUCAGCUGGAGGAAGCCCGGCGGCGGCUGGAAGAAGAGGAGAAGAGGAGCGCCAAGCCCCCUGCCAAACAGCGGUAUGUUCAAGAGGUUAUCCAGCGUGGGCGCUCCUCGGUCAGGCCAGCUUGUGUGCCAAUGCUGAAUGUGGUGCCCGCCGUCUCCGACCUGGAUCUCUCCGAGUCUGAGAUGAAGCCGCAGAAGAGGCCGGGCGGCAGCUCCUCGCAGCCCUGCGAGAACAUCGUUGUGGCCUAUUACUUCUGUGGGGAGCCGAUCCCGUACCGCACCCUGGUCAAGGGCCGCGUGGUCACGCUGGGCCAGUUCAAGGAGCUGCUCACCAAGAAAGGGAGCUACAGGUAUUACUUCAAGAAAGUCAGUGACGAGUUUGACUGUGGCGUGGUGUUUGAAGAGGUGCGAGAGGAGGAGGCCGUCUUGCCCAUCUUCGAAGAGAAGAUCAUUGGGAAGGUGGAGAAGAUUGACUAGGCCUGAGGAGGAGAGGACCGAGGCCGUCGGAGACGGGGGGCAGCCCCGGCUGAGCCGAGGGAGGGGCUGCGGCCGGCAGCGGUGGCACUCCGGGGGGCGGCCCUGUGCCCCACCCCUCUGGCCUGUGGGGCGCUCCCAGCAGCCUCCGCUCGGCCCAGGGCCGCGGCUUCCUGUGUGGCACGACCGCCGACGCAAGCUCACAUCCUGGAAAGAAACUCUCCUGGCGGGGGACUGGGGUGAUCCGGGGCUCUUGACAUCAACACCCGAGGAAGCUGGAGGAGGCCGAAAGCGUGCAGCUCUGUUAGGGAGGGGGCAGCCAGGCCGGUCGAGCGGGCCCUUGGUUCAUGCACGUGUGUGCGUCGCUCUCGCCCCCCUCCAGCCCCAACCAGGAACACUGCGCAGGGGUUGAUGCUCGGGGCAGGCUCCCUCCGGCCCCUGGGUCUCCGCCUUGGCCUUCCCCUGCCGGGCUUCUUCUUCUCCUCGCGUUCUUGCUGCUGGCUUGGGGCUGGAGGGGCAGGGCCUUGGAGAGAGUGGAUUUGGGCUCUUAGAACGAAGGGGGUGCUGGUGUGUCCUGGCGCCGCCCACUUUAGAGACGAGGUGUUGCCAGCAGUUUCUGAGCAGGGAGCGCUUUCCCACCUGCGCACAGCCCUUUGGGCCUCCUUACGCCGCGUGGAACCGCGUGUCUCUGUCAGUGCAGUUGGCAUUUCCCUGCCCCCAAGGUGGUGGCUGACCGCUAGCCCCUCCCGGCCUCCCUCCCUGCCUCCCCAGGGCUGGGCUGGGGGCUCCCACUGCUCCACCCCCAGCUCUGUGCCUCUGGCUACUGCCACGGCUGCUCUGGGCACUUUUGCCUCGUCCUGAUGGGUCUCCAGGUCUCCCUUGGCACGGGGGUUGGGGUUGGGCAGCCCGAUACCCACGCCUUGUGUACGUCACCGAGUGCCUUCAAACAGAACUCCCUCCUCCUCCUCCUCCUGCGUGGUCAUAAGAGCACGGCUGACCCGUCCCGUCCCCCCACACCACCACCCCUCUCUGGGGCCCUGCUUGCGUUCCACAUUGGAUGAGGUUUUUAACGCGUCCUUGCCCGGCCGUGGCGGGUUCUUCAUUUCCCUUUUUUUCUGAAGGGUUCAAUUGUAAAUAUGUAUAUUUUCUAAACGUGGCGCCAGCCCCCGGGGGCUGGGCGUGUGGCUGGCAUCUCCGGAACAUUUUUCACAUGCUGACUUGUACAAUUUAUCUUUUCAAAGGUACUUGGAUAAUAAUGGAAUAAAACCCCAUGUUCGAA